ACAAGCGCUUCAUCCUUCUCUGCUCCUUUGCGCUGCGCCUCAGUAGCUCCUGCCCUUCUCCGCUGAUGGAACCUGCUGAACCCGGCCGCACCUGAGACAUCGCGGACAGUCCCUGUGAGAGGCGCAGCUCGUUCCUUGCCCUUCAGUAGCGCCGGGAGAUCAUUGAGGAUGAGCCAGUGUGAGCGCGAUGUGUCCCGCAACAAUAACUGUCCCAGCGCAGCGCAGCGCAAUGAGAGUCAGGACUAUCUGCUCAUGGGCACAGAGGAGGGGCUGUCUGACAACUCCCUGCAUCACUAUGGUUACUACCCCAUGCAGAGCACUGACAGCAGACUAUCUCACCGUCGGCAAACAAUACUCAGAGAAAAGGGUCGGAGGCAAGCUAACCGAGGACCAGCGUAUAUGUUUAGUGAUCGCUCAGCAAGCCUUUCUGCAGAAGAGGAACGUUUUUUAGAUGCUGCAGAAUAUGGGAAUAUCCCCGUAGUACGUAAAAUGAUGGAGGAAUGUGGGUCCUUAAAUGUGAACUGUGUGGAUUAUAUGGGACAGAAUGCUUUGCAGUUAGCGGUAGCUAAUGAACACUUGGAAAUUACAGAACUUCUACUGAAAAAGGAGAACUUGGCCCGAGUUGGAGAUGCUCUGUUGCUGGCAAUCAGUAAAGGGUAUGUACGGAUAGUUGAAGCAAUACUAAGCCACCCGUCAUUUUCUGAAGGAAAAAGGCUCACGACGAGCCCUAGUCAGUCUGAGUUCCAGCAUGAUGACUUCUACGCCUACGACGAGGAUGGUACAAGGUUCUCACAGGAUAUUACCCCUAUCAUUCUGGCCGCCCAUUGUCAGGAAUAUGAAAUAGUCCACACACUCCUGAGAAAGGGGGCCCGGAUUGAAAGGCCCCAUGACUAUUUCUGCAAAUGUACAGAAUGCAGUGAAAAGCAAAAACACGACUCCUUCAGUCACUCUCGGUCUAGAAUCAAUGCUUACAAAGGGCUUGCAAGUCCUGCAUACCUUUCCCUUUCCAGCGAAGAUCCGGUAAUGACAGCUCUGCAACUUAGUAACGAGUUGGCUGUUCUAGCAAAUAUUGAAAAAGAAUUUAAGAAUGACUACAAAAAAUUGUCUAUGCAAUGCAAGGACUUUGUUGUUGGGCUUCUCGAUUUGUGCAGAAAUACAGAGGAGGUGGAAGCCAUUUUGAAUGGUGAUGUGGAUACAAACAACGGCAACGUGGAAUCAGAGGGCCGGCCCAGCUUGUGUCGCUUAAAACUUGCUAUUAAGUAUGAGCUCAAGAAGUUUGUCGCUCAUCCAAACUGUCAGCAGCAGCUCCUUUCAAUCUGGUAUGAGAAUCUAUCGGGGUUACGCCAGCAGACCACCGCUGUAAAAUUCCUGGUUGUUUUAGCUGUCGCAAUGGGAUUGCCGUUUCUGGCAAUGGUUUAUUGGAUUGCACCGUGUAGUAAGCUUGGUAAGAUAAUGCGUGGCCCUUUUAUGAAGUUUGUGGCGCAUGCGGCUUCGUUCACCAUCUUCCUGGGACUGCUAGUGAUGAAUGCCGCCGACAGGUUUGAAGGCACCAAGAUCCUUCCGAAUGAGAGCCUCACGGAUAACGCCAAGCAGCUCUUUAGGAUGAAAACAUCUUGUUUCUCCUGGAUGGAAUUGCUCAUUAUUUCCUGGGUAAUAGGCAUGAUAUGGUCCGAAUGCAAAGAGAUCUGGUCGCAGGGGCCCCGUGAAUAUAUAUUUGAGCUGUGGAAUAUUCUCGACUUUGGAAUGUUAGCCAUCUUCGCCGCGUCGUUUAUUGCCAGGUUUAUGGCUUUUUGGCAUGCGUCCCGGGCGCAGAACUAUGUUGACGACGAUGAGAGCAUCAAGGAUGUGUCGAGCGCAACGCUGCCUCCCGAAAUAAAGUACUACACUCUAGCCAGAAUCAAAUGGCUGCCAUCAGAUCCUCAGCUCAUAUCCGAAGGUCUCUAUGCAAUUGCUGUCGUUUUAAGUUUCUCCAGAAUCGCCUAUAUUUUACCAGCUAAUGAAAGCUUCGGACCUCUGCAGAUAUCACUGGGUCGGACUGUUAAAGAUAUAUUCAAAUUUAUGGUGAUUUUCAUCAUGGUGUUUGUAGCCUUUAUGAUCGGAAUGUUUAACCUAUACUCCUAUUAUCUUGGAGCCAAGCAAAAUGACGCCUUUACAACAGUUGAAGAAAGUUUUAAGACAUUGUUCUGGGCUAUUUUUGGACUUUCCGAAGUGAAAUCAGUGGUCAUCAACUAUGGGCACAAAUUCAUUGAGAAUAUUGGCUAUGUGCUGUACGGGGUGUACAACGUUACCAUGGUCAUCGUAUUGCUCAACAUGCUCAUUGCCAUGAUCAACAAUUCAUUCCAGGAAAUUGAGGAUGAUGCAGAUGUGGAGUGGAAAUUUGCUAGAGCCAAGCUCUGGUUCUCUUACUUUGAGGAGGGGAGGACACUCCCAGUACCAUUCAAUUUGGUUCCAAGUCCCAAAUCUUUUGUUUGUAUUGCACUAAAAGUAAAAGCUUUCCUCAACAAAAGGUUCCCGUGCAACAGUAAAGGCUUGCAGGAAGACUCCGAAAUGAACAAGCUGGGUCACAGCAAACAUUCCAGCAUUCGAAGCUCGGAAGACGGCAAUCUGAAUCACAUUAGCCACACGCCCACCAGAUAUCAAAAAAUUAUGAAACGCCUUAUCAAGAGAUACGUCCUGAAAGCUCAGAUUGACAAGGAGAACGAUGAAGUGAAUGAAGGGGAAUUAAAGGAGAUCAAGCAGGACAUUUCCAGCCUGCGCUACGAGCUUCUCGAAGAAAAGUCCCACAACACGGAAGACUUGGCCGAGCUCAUUAGAAAACUCGGGGAGAGACUGGAAAUAGAGCCUGAAGAAGAACAGAACAAGGGAUGAUGGACGUGGUCACUACAAAAAAACAAAAAACCUUCACCAACUGUGUGUAAUCAGCAUUUCACAUCCCAUCAUUAUUAUCAUUAUAAUUACUUCCAAACAGCAGCAUUUAUCUGAAAUAUCAAGGGUCAUAGAUAAACUGUGGAUUUACUUCUUCAUUACCAAAGACUGAAGCUCAGCCACUCAUAUUAUGUAUUUGAUUUAUUGCAUAUUAUUAUUGAAAUGAUAACAUUCAUCGGGUUCAAUUGGGAACAAUGUAUUUAAAGAAGAAAACCCUACAAACACAAAUAGUGGGUGUGUGAGGGAACCUCGCCCGAUCUUAUGGAAUGUAGCGUAGGGUCCUCAACCAAAGAUAAUGGGGCAAUAGCAUUUGAUCCCAAAGCUUCAGUUUGGCCUACCAGGUAAAUAAAUGGAGAGCACAAGACUAGUGCGGGGCACAGGCUUCUACAGGGUCACAGGGACAAAACAUAUUCUAAAAUGCAUCUGGCCUGGGGGUCAAUUCUCUUAUGUUUAUGUUCCAAAAAAGGAUCACUGGGAACAUGGAAACUCCACAGGCACAAACACGGCUCUGCUUGCUUAGCUCAACCAGGCUAUCAUCUAUUUAAGACCAAUCCCCGAUUGCCCUAAACAUUUUGAUUCCAUUCAAAGCUGCCUCCCGGCCUUUGCUUUCUUUCGUAACUUUCAGAGAUUUAGACUGACUGCACUAGAGAUAUUUUCUGAAGUUUUUUCACCCUGACGGAAGCAGCGACGAAAGCGAUUCCGUCAUUUGUUUCCUAUGAAUCUUUAAGAGGGAAGCAGUUAAGAAUGGACUUACUGCCAAUUCAACUUUAAAUUCAGGAUUGGGGUUCAAAAACCACAAUUGAAAGAAAACUAUAUUCACAAGCCUUCUGUCUA